AUGAACUCGAGAGAAGUAACAGAAGACGAAGUGCUGCCUUUGAUCAUCAGCCAACUCAUUGCUUAUGGCUAUUCUGCUGUUGCGCAAAGUGUGGCUGACGCGACAGGGGCUGCUACUGAUAUGAUGCCAAGUGCAAAACUAUCAGAGUUAAUACAAAUCGCCAAAGAAAAGAACGAAGAGGAGGAUUCUGACGACGAUUAUUCAGGCAAGAGCUUUGACCGUGAAUCGCCCCAAGAUCAUGAUAUGGAUGCCAGCACGAGUACGCCUGGAUUCGAUGUGGAGUCAAUGAAAAACGCUCAGCCUAAAACAGCACCCGAAUACAAUCAGUUAUACUACACACAGCACAAAGGACCUUGCCGUACAGCUAUAUUCAGUGCAGACGGUCGAUUUGCAGCCACUGGAUCCCACGACUCCUCGCUGAAAUUACUGGAUGUCAAUAAAAUGAAGAAGAGAACAGGAGAUGCAGGAGACAAACCAGUGAUCAGAACCUUAUACGAUCACACAGAACAAGUCAAUGAUCUCAGUUUUCAUCCAAAUGGAUUAGUGCUUGCCAGUUGUUCAAAUGAUCAGAGCAUCAAGUUGUUUGAUUUGUCAAAAACCGGUGUAAAGAGAGCUUUUCGAUAUUUACAGGAUGCUCAACCUGUCAACUCGAUUUGUUUCCAUCCCUCAGGCGACUUUUUAUUAGCAGGCACCAAGGACGCAGCAGUUAGAGUCUACGAUGUCAAAACACUUCAAUGCUAUACAAAUUCCAGCAAUGCCGAUAUGCAUCGUGGAUCCAUCACACAAAUCCGCUAUUCCAACACUGGUAAGAUUUUUGCAACUUCUUCUUUGGACGGCACUGUGCGCGUUUGGGACAGUGUAUCAUCUCAAUGCAUCCGUACAUUGGAUGCUCAUGGCGGCGCUGCAGUGUCGAGUGUUCGCAUCACCAACAACGAACAAUACUUGAUGACCUCCGGCCUGGAUUCAACGAUCCGUCUAUGGGAGAUUUCGAGCGGAAAGGUGUUGAUGGAAUACAAGGGGCAUGAACAGAGAGCACAAAUGUUACAGCCUGCAUUUUCAUAUAAUGAGGAUUUCAUCAUGAUUGGUGAUGAAGCCUCUACAGAUGUUGUGUGUUAUGACACUCAAACGGGUACAUUGCUGAAGAGAAUUCCAGGACACAAUAAUUUGGUCCGUUGCGUGGCAGCAUCGCCUACAGAUAAUGGUAUUUUGACUUGCAGUGAUGAUUAUCGCGCACGUUAUUUCAAUACUCCAACAGACGCUGUAUAG